AUCAAGCACCUAGGCAUGCAGACUGCUUCUACAAACAUUUGUGAAAGAAUGGGUCGCUCUCAGGAGCUCAGUGAAUUCAAGCAUGUGGUACCAUGAUAGGUUGCCACCAAUAAGUCCAUCCGUGAAAUUUCCUUGCUACUAAAUAUUCCACAGUCAAUUGCAAGUGGUAUUAUAACAAGCUGGAAGAAACUGGGAACAACAGCAACUCAGCCAUGAAAUGGUAGUCCAAGUAAAAUGACAGAGCGGGGUCAGCACAUGCUGAAGCACACAGUGCGCAGAAGUCACCAACUGUCUGCAGAGUCAAUAAUUAAAGACCUCCAAACUUCGUGUGGCCUUCAGAUUAGCACAACAGUGCAUAGAGAGCUUCAUGGAAUGGGUUUGCAUGGCUGA